UGGCCAAUGAGGAGGGACGCCACCCAAGCACAUGGGCCAGGCCUCCCCAAAAUAACCUGCGACUACUGCACUGAGAAAUGUUGCUACUUGUACUGGUGACAAGUUACCCUAGCUACACGGCUCCAUAUUUUCCUGUAAACUCCAAGGUUAACUCUGUGCGAUUAAAACUGGGAAGGCUGGGCAGCUGCCUGUGCCCAACGUUUCCCCAGGUGGCAGCAACCAGAAGACCGGAAUCACCCCCUUUUGAGCACAGGUGCACUCUGAGGAGGAUUUACCAGUCCUUCACAGGGGCCAGCUGGGUUUACACUGAAGCAUGCAGGAGAACACUGACCAGCCACCGUCACUGUCUCAGCUCUUAAGAGAGAGCUACCUGGCAGAAGCCAGGGCCCAGCAGCGCCACAGUGAGAUGAGCCGCUCAGACGCGUCUUCCUCACGCCUUCAGAUCUAUGGGUCACUCAAAGGCAAGGCCGAGGACUCUGCAGGCCACAAUGAUCCCCAAUUCCCAGAUCUCUCUGCCUUCCUCAGCCAAGAAGAGUUGGAUAAGAGUGUGAAUCUGGCCCGCCAGGCCAUCGGACAUGAGUCUCGUGAGGAGAGGGCAGAGGUCAAGGCUUCUGUCACACCAUUAACCCCCUCCAACAUUUCCUCAUCCUCCGUUUCUUCCUCUGAACCCAUAUCUGUUCCCUUGGCUAACCCCUCUCCUGCUCCUUUUGCUGCCCCCUCCACUUUGACCUUCACACAGCCAGCUCCUGAAUUCAAAGAACUGCCAGCAACACACAACACAGCAUUCACACCAGACAGAAAGAUACACAAAGCACCCACACGUCAGGAAAACAUGAUCAGAAACAGCAGGGACUCCAGUGAAGGAUUCAAUGACUUUAACAGGUCAGGGAGGAACCCCCCAUAUGGUCUGGAGACCCAGUCCAAGAAGGAAUUUCUCAACAAGGCAGCAGACUUCAUUGAGGAGCUUUCCUCUCUCUUCAAGGCCAACAGCUCCAAACGGGUGCGACCAAGAGCAUGCAAAACCCACAGGAGUAGGACCCAGAACAAGACCCAGAGCGAUGGGACGGUUUAUACCCUUAGCCCGGACAACAGGGAGCGCACUACCAUGCCUGUGGAGGAUGAGAAAGAGAGACCCAGCCCUGCUGUUAGUCACCAACCAGAGGUCCAGCUGGACUCUGGGAUUGGGCAUGUGGAGUUUCAGGACUGCAGGAUUACUGAGGAGCAGCAGUACGACUCAGUUAUCCAGGAGGCGAAGGAGGAGGCUAAAAGCUGUGCCUUGACAGAAUCUCCUUACCCAGUGGAGCCUGUGUGUGAGCCUCCUCAUUUCAUCCAGAAACUGAAAAGCAGGGAGGUUGCAGAGGGCAGCAAGGUGCAGCUAGACUGCAUCGUAAGAGGACUCCCUGUGCCUGAAGUCAGGUGGUUUUGUGAGGGGAAGGAGCUGGAGAAUAGUCCUGACAUCCAGAUCAUCACCAACGGCGAGCUGCACUCUCUGAUUAUCGCAGAGGCGUUCGAGGAAGAUACUGGACGCUACUCUUGCUUCGCAUCUAAUUUCUAUGGCACUGACUCCACCUCAGCUGAGAUCUAUGUUGAAGGUGCCUCCUCUUCUGAGUCUGAGGGAGAGCAACGCUUUGAACAUGUAGCCCAGCUUCAGAAAAAAUCUCAACCUACAUCGUCAAGUCAAACUCUCUCUGCAAAAGAGGAAGACUCUCUGUCAUCUCAACCUGCAGCAGCCACUGAGGAACCAGCAGAGCAGCUCUCCUCUCCACCAACUAACCAAAUAAUCCCAGAACCUCCUCUACCAGUCCAGACGUCAGCCACCAUACUUCCAGUUCCUGAGCUCUUUAAAACACCUGUGGCACCCACAGCGCAGCCUGCUCAGGAGGAGACAACAGUGUUGCCCGUGCAGGUGUUUCCUACAUUGUCACCUGGGGAUACAGAACUUCCAGAAGCCCAGGAGGUGUCAACAUCUGUCUCAGCCAUAUCCACACCACUGGCAACACAGACAGCCACUGCGACAACUACUUCAUUGCCUUUGAACUCAGUGGUCUCUGUGCUGCCUGUCCUGUCAGCUCCAAUACAAACAUCCCAACCUGAGACUCAAACCUCCAACCACAACUAUCUACAAGGGUUGAACGGGCAACCUAUCAUGGCUGCCCCCGUAUUUACAAAGAGCCUACAGGACCUCCAUGCGUCAGAAGGCCAGCUGGUGGUGCUAGAGUGCCGCAUGAAAGGGGUGCCUUCACCUCGAGUAGACUGGUACAGAGACGGAAAAGUCAUAGAAGACUCUCCUGAAUUCAGGAUCCUGCAGAAAAAGCCCAGAUCUCCAGCUGAAUCAGAGGAAAUAUGCACUCUGGUCAUUGCUGAGGUCUUUCCUGAAGAUUCAGGGAUGUUUACUUGUUCAGCGAGCAACAAGUAUGGAACUGUGUCCAGCACUGCUGCACUAAGGGUCAAAGGCAAUGGCAGCAACAGCACCCACAUGAGGCCUUUCACCAGUUUACCAGUGGAGCCCAGUCGAGUCCAAGAACCUUCUCCAUCAGCUCCCACUGUAGAGGUUACUGUGACCAACAGCAUCAAGCCCCACUCCAGCACUAUUCGCCUAGACCCUCUUGUCUCUAGCACUUUACGACUGGACCCCUUAAGCACCAGCACCCUCCGUCUGGACCCUCAGAGCUCUAGCAUGUUGCGUCCAGACCCUCUCCGCACCAGUCUACCCAGUCUGGAACCCUCCAGCCUGAGCAGCAGCUCCUUCCUCAACUCUUUCAGCACCAGUACCCCAAACUUAGAUCCGUUCUCCUUCCACCAGGGUUUUCAUGGAUCAAGUGGACCACGUCCAGAACCACAGAGCAGUGUACCGGUGUUCUCACACCCAAAACCCUUCACUUCUCCUUCUGAGAUUGAGACUUCAGCUGAGCAGGAAGUGUCCAGAUCUCCAGUAACAUCGCCUGACACGAGCCCCAAAGUUAAGGGGGCCUCAAAUCAUCAGAAUGGGAGCCUUGUUGUGGUACCCCUACCUGAUCCCCCUCCUAACUCCUGCCUGAAGACAGGCAACCUGACGAACCACAGAGACUCCAGAGUUGGUCUGCGUGUGCACUUCAAACUGCCUGAGGAUGAGGAUGAUGAAAAAAGUGAUGCAUCUGGUCAAUCUGAUGAAGACCCCACUCAGAUGUUCCUUAACAAAGAACCACCACCUGUGCGGGCUAAACCCAAAUUGGACCCAGCCCAGCUCCAGAUUCUGCACAACCAAGUCCUUUUGGAGCAGCAGCAGGAGACCGAACCUCCGACCCAAACCCAAACCCAAAUCCAAAUCCAAUCCCAGCCUCAGUCCCACCCUCCAUUCCAGAUCCAGAUCCAGCCCGAGGUUCAAAGCUCUCAUGAAGGUCUGCCGUGGUCCCCAAGAAUGCACCGUGAACCCCACCCACCACCUUUCCAGCCCUACCAUACUACCACAACAGCACCACAGUCAACAGCCCAGCAACAGACACCCCACUCUGCACCACCAUUGACCACUGCCCCCCCUGCUCCCUCUCUGAACUCUGUUCCAGCACUCAACAUGACCUAUUCAGCCUUUCCCAAAACAACUGCUGCUCCUCCUGUGAGAUCCCCUCCUCCUCAGGUCAAGACUUCCUCACUGGUGACCUCUCCUCCACCUGUACCGCACCUGAAAACAGCUCCUCCUCUCAGUGUAGCUCCUGUAAUCCAGAUGAACACAAUCCAUGCCUCCCACCUCAACCUGACUCCUGCUGCUCUUGCCAGCACUGCACCCACACCCCACUUUUUCCCUCCACCUGCACCGAAGCUUAGUACAGCCCCUUCAGAUUCAUCCCCGGCAUUCAUCACCUCUCCUGCUCCUCUACUGAGAAGCACCCACGCCUCCCUCAUGAACCUCACAGCCACUUCCACUACCUUCAGCUAUGCCCGGCCUAAAGAGUUCAUCGCUGCUCAGACCUUCUCACCAGUCAGGAGUCCUUCCCCCACAGAGUCCCCAGUCCCUCUGCUCCAGGAGCUGGCUGCUGAGCUCAACUCCUCUGCAGCAAGCUCCCCUACUCUCCCGCCAUUCUCCCCACCACCAAGGAUCUUCCCCACGAGGGUGCUCACGUCUCCCACCAGCCCUCCAUCCCUCUUGUCCUCACCCAUACCUGGGUCAGCGGCGCUCAUAAACAGCUUGUUCGCCGUACGAGCCCAGUCGCCACCCCAGGCCUCCUCUCCCACCUCCAGCAGCUCCACCCCAAGCCCCAUUCAAAACCCUGUGGCGUUCUUAAGCUCCGUCCUGCCAUCGCUGAACCCAAUUCAGCCCACCAACUCAAUGGGUCUGCCCAGGGGAGCUCCUUUAGGGCUAAAAAAGACCGCACCAAGGGUGCGCCUGCCUUCAACUGAAGAAAUUCGUGAAAGCAAAGAAAGUCUCCUCCAUGACAUCGAGAAAAAGCUUCGAUUUAAAGACGACACACCACAGUUUGUACAUCAACAGAAGCUGAGUAUUGUGGGGAAAACAGCGAGCAGACCCCUUGGACCAAACAUUCCUGCUACUGUCAUUAACUAUGAUGAGGAGUACAAAGUGUCAAGUUUUGAGCAGAGACUGAUGAGCGAGAUUGAAUUCCGUUUGGAGCGAACACCAGUGGAGGAGUCUGAUGACGAGGUGCAGCACGAUGAUGUCUUCACAGGAAAAUGUAUCGCACCCAUAUUUGACAAAAAACUGAAGAACUUCAGAGCUAUGGAAGGCGUGCCUGUCACUUUCUCAUGUAAAAUAGUGGGAAUCCCUGCUCCAAAGGUUUACUGGUUCAAAGAUGGCAAGCAGAUCUUGAGAAAGAACGUCCAUUACAAGAAGAUCAGAGAGGGGGAUGGGACCUGUGCCUUACACAUAGAGUCCACGACCAAUGAUGAUGAUGGCAACUACACCAUCAUGGCAGCUAACCCACAGGGACGAAUCAGUUGCUCCGGUCAUUUGAUAGUCCAAACGGGACCUCCCCGAAACCGAAUGACACCUAUUCACUCUCAGAGGGUGCGAACCCGCAUACAGGAAGUUGAAAGUGAGCAAACCCAGGAGCGCUUUUUUCGGCCUCACUUCCUCCAGGCACCAGGGGACAUGCUGGCUCACGAGGGAAGACUCUGUAGACUAGACUGUAAGGUGAGUGGCCUGCCCAACCCAGAGCUGAUGUGGUUGGUCAAUGGCAGGCCAAUAUAUCCAGACUUAUUACACAAGAUGUUGGUCCGUGAGAACGGGGUACAUUCUCUGGUCAUUGAUCCUCUGACGCAGAAUGACGCCGGCACAUACACCUGCAUUGCGAGCAACAAAGCAGGGCAGAGCUCCUUUUGUCUAGAGCUUAAAGUUGUGGAGAAAGAGAUGAAGCACCCACCUCAGUUCUCAGAGAAGCUGCAGAAUAUGGGUAUUCCUGAGGGGACUCCAGUGAGGCUGGAGUGUCGGGUGGUAGGUAUGCCCCCUCCAGUGAUCUUCUGGAAGAAAGACAAUGACACAAUUCCUAGAACCAAGGAUAGAAUCAGCAUGACCCAGGAUGCAACAGGAUAUGUGUGUCUCCUUAUUCAGCCAACAACAAAAGAGGAUGCUGGCUGGUACACAGUGUCAGCCAAAAAUGAAGCUGGAAUUGUAUCCUGCACCUGCAGGCUCGAUAUAUAUGCACAAUGGCAUCAGAGCGUCCCUGCACCCAUGAAGAAGGCUCAGCGCACAGGCAGCCGCUAUGCAGCUCUGACAGGCCAAGGGCUCGACAUCAAGUCAGUUUUCCACACAUCGGAGACCAGCCCCAUUCUCUUCGCCAGCUCCCCUCCUGAAGCCACACUGGAGAGUGAGGAACUGUGAAAGGUCCAGCACAAUGACCCUCAGAGGCCUCCCAGCAUGUCAUGCGACCUCCCUGAGGUCACAACAGUGGGAAAAGAAGAAGGAGAAUGAUGAUCUGAGCAGAUUGUCAUGCGAUUUGUGUGAUGCAUUUUGAAGUGAUACAUUCAGAAUAGAGAGACAAAGAAUUAUUGUGUUAAAGCUAUCUGCACUGAUAGUGGGUUUGUCACCAUUCCUAUAUACUCAAGUCAUAUGAAGAGUGUUUCACAUAUAGAAAACUGACAGAUUUGCAAAGUCUUAGCUCAUGAGCCAUCAGUGGAGUUGAAUAGUGUUCUGUGACAGGUUUGAAUGACUCACGUUUUGUUUUCUACAUUACAUUUAGCUAUGAUAGUGAGGUUGUUGCUGAAUGUUGGUGAUCUGUUCUUAAAUGGUAAUCCUAUUCUCAAAGUGGUACUUGCACCACUUAUUCUUUUUAUUGCAGAUCAUGUAUACCUGUAUUGGUAGUAAUAGUUUCUUUUAAAGUUUAUAUUAAAAAGUAGUUAUAAGUUAUUGUUUAUUAAUAGUGAGAAAUAGUUUAAUAGACAUUUGAAUGUGCCAUUUAGAUAAGUUCAUUUAAAUGGCUCCAACAAGAUUCUGUCUUCUUCAUCACUGGUUCACAUAUUUGCACCAUGUUCUUGUGCAUGCAUGCCAAUGGCUGAUGAAGAUGAAAUAAUAUAUAACUUAACAAACACACUGUGCUGCUCACAGUCAUAAUAAUAACAUGCUGAUAGGUUGGAGGAGUUUCAUGGUUAGUGAUUUAAACACAAACGUUUUCUUUGAAUUUUUGUUUUGUUUUCAGGUAAUUUCAUUCAUCUUUGCAUUGACAAAUUGUAUCUAACAGUUUGAGAUGUAGCCUCUUAUAAGAGGAAUGAGUCUGAUUUGACUAAAUGUUAUUGGAAAAGUAUUUUUUUUCUGUUUUGUGGUCAGGUGUAUCCUGCAGAGAGUAUUACUGAACUUUGAAUAAGAUAAAUUAAUUUGGAAAAAAAAACAUAUUUAAGAAUAGUUUGAAAGCACAUACUCAACUGAUGUAAAGUUGCACAUUGUAAAAUAGUUUUGUCCUUCUCAGAAUAAAGUUAUAUUUAUUCAAAUGAG